AUGUCUUCGCGACCUACCGUCUCCAUCAUCGGCAAGGAUGGUGCUCCCACCGGAGCUACCCACGCCAUUCCCGCCGUCUUCUCGAGCCCUAUCCGUCCCGACAUUGUCCAGAAGGUGCACACCGGCAUGGCCAAGAACAAGCGCCAGCCCUACUCCGUGAGCGAGAAGGCCGGUCACCAGACCUCUGCUGAGUCUUGGGGAACUGGUCGCGCUGUUGCCCGUAUCCCCCGUGUCUCUGGCUCUGGUACUCACCGUGCCGGCCAGGCCGCCUUCGGUAACAUGUGUCGCUCCGGCCGCAUGUUCGCUCCCACCAAGAUCUGGCGCAAGUGGCACGUCAAGAUCAACCAGGGCCAGAAGCGCUACGCCACCUGCUCCGCCCUCGCCGCCUCGGCCGUCGCCCCCCUGCUGAUGGCCCGCGGCCACCAGAUCAUGACCGUCGCCGAGGUGCCCCUCGUCGUCGACUCCGAGGUCAUCGGCUCCGACGCCGCCAUCAAGACCUCGACCGCCACCGCCCUGCUCCGCGCCGUCGGCGCCGGCGCCGACCUCGACAAGGUCAAGGGCUCCAAGAAGCUGCGCGCCGGCAAGGGCAAGCUCCGUGGCCGCCGCCACCGCCAGCGCCGCGGCCCCCUCGUCGUCUUCAACCCCGACACCGACGGCAAGGACCUCAUCAAGGGCUUCCGCAACAUCCCCGGCGUCGAGACGUGCCCCGUCAACGCCCUCAACCUGCUCCAGCUCGCCCCCGGCGGCCACCUCGGCCGCUUCGUCGUCUGGACCUCGUCCGCCUUCCAGGCCCUCGACGACAUCUACGGCUCCACCACCGAGGCCUCCAGCCACAAGCGCGACUUCCUCCUGCCCUCCAACGUCGUCUCCCAGUCCGACCUGUCCCGCCUGAUCAACUCUUCCGAGAUCCAGAGCUCCCUCAACGCCCCCAAGGGCGACGCCACCACCAAGCGCGCCGGCGUCCAGAAGAAGAACCCGCUCCGCAACAAGCAGGUCAUGCUCCGCCUCAACCCCUACGCCAAGGUCUUCUCCCAGGAGUCCCAGAAGAAGCAGAACUAA